AUGUGGAGGUUAAUCUGGGCGAGUAAUACCCUCCCUAAAAUAAAGGCCUUUCUUUGGAGAGCUUGCGCUGGUGGUUUGGCUUUGACUACUGCUCUACACCAACGUCAGGUUCCAGUUGAUACUUGUUGUCGUAGAUGUGGUGCCCAUGAGGAGUCUAUUGAUCACAUCCUCCUCAAGUGUACGUUUGCGAGAGUUGUUUGGUUCGGUUGUAACCUUCACCCCCUCUUGUCUCUUGGUGACAACUUUCAUCUUUAUCAAUUCCUCCAGGCGUGGAUCUCCCUUGCAGACUGGGGCAAGUCUACUUUUAAGGAGGUAACAGCUCUUUGCUGCUUCGUGCUUUGGUAUCUUUGGACCUCGAGGAAUGAUCUGCUUUUUAGUGGUAAGGUUUGGACUGGUGAAGAGCUCAUCCAAGCUGCUAAGAGGGUGUGUGAUGAGUUUUUUAAGGCCACCAGUAUAGCCCAUCCCUCUCAAGCCCCUUCUCGAGUUCCUGGGCAAGUUUCUUGGCUUCCCCCUCUCCCUGGUUCCUUUAAACUCAAUUGUGAUGUUUCGUUGGAUCCAGGGACCAAGCGAAGUGGUGUUGGCUUUGUCAUCAGAGACCAUGUUAGUAGAUGCUGCAUUGCUGUCUCAAAUCCCACUCCCUUCAAUGAAAUUUUGGUUGGUGAGGCGAUGGCGAUUAGAGAAGGGCUUUUGGAAGCCAUCUCGGAAGGAACUCUCUCCAUCACCGUGGAAAGUGAUAAUCUGGGCAUUAUUUCUUCACUUUUGAAUCCUUCGAAGAUCCUGAAUUUUAUUGUUUUACCUAUUGUGGAGGACAUUAGACAUAUCUCCACCUACUUUGAUGCUUGUAACUUUGCUUAUAUUCCAAGGGCUGCUAACUCCCUAGCAGACUGCCUUGCCAGGAGGGCUCUAUCCGUUGCGGGAAGGAUGGUUUGGCCCAACUCCGAUCCCUUGUUUUCUGAAGCUGCGACUUUGGACUCAAGGAGUGUUUCCCGUUCUUUGCAAUAA